GAAAAUACCAGUUGCUCCGGUUGUUAGGACCUGACCCUUCCCUUCUUUUUUGUCUUCCAUGUUUAACCUUAACCAUCACUCUCCUAUAACUACCUCUCUCAAACCAAACAUUUUUUUUAAAACCUUUCCGAACAACGAGAACCAAACUCACUCACUCUUAUAUAUUCGAUUUCAUUUUUCAGUAUUAAUUUCUUCUGUAAACCCAAAUCAAUGGCCUUCCGUAACUCAUAUACCAUCUGAAAAGUAAACUCGACCAGUUUCCUUCCUAAUUCCUAUAGAGUUGUAAUCAAUGGAAGAGUGCAACACAGUGUUUGGCAAGUACGAAAUGGGUAGGCUACUUGGGAAGGGUACUUUCGCCAAAGUGUAUUACGGGAAGAAAAUAGGCACGGGAGAAAGCGUUGCAAUAAAAGUGAUCAACAAAGAGCAAGUGAAGAAAGAAGGGAUGAUGGAGCAGAUAAAGCGCGAGAUAUCAGUGAUGCGUUUGGUGAAACACCCAAACAUCGUUGAACUCAAAGAAGUUAUGGCCACGAAAACGAAGAUCUUCGUCGUCAUGGAGUACGUCCGUGGCGGUGAGCUCUUCGCCAAGGUCUCCAAAGGCAAGCUCAAAGAAGAUCUCGCCCGCAAGUACUUCCAACAAUUAAUCAGCGCCGUCGAUUACUGCCACAGCAGAGGCGUCUCCCACCGCGACCUCAAGCCAGAGAAUUUACUCCUCGACGAGAACGAAGACCUUAAAAUCUCCGACUUCGGACUCUCCGCGUUGCCGGAACAGCUCCGUUACGACGGUCUCCUACACACCCAGUGUGGGACCCCUGCAUACGUGGCACCGGAGGUGCUUCGGAAGAAAGGGUACGAUGGUUCAAAGGCUGAUAUCUGGUCAUGCGGGGUGAUUCUCUAUGUGUUGCUCGCUGGGUUUCUUCCUUUUCAAGAUGAGAACCUCAUGACUAUGUAUAACAAGGUUCUGCGAGCCGAAUUCAUGUUCCCACCUUGGUUUUCAUCGGAAUCAAGGAGAUUGAUUUCGAAGAUUCUGGUGGGGGACCCACAGAGACGAAUUUCGAUUCCUGCGAUUAUGCGUUCCCCGUGGUUCCGAAAAGGGUUAACGGUACCGGCUCCGCCUUCUCAGUUAGAAUUAGAAGAAGAGAAACCCGUUUCGGAGGAAGGUUCUAGAACGAAGGUUUCGUCGCCAAAGUUUUUCAACGCGUUCGAGUUCAUCUCCUCGAUGUCUUCAGGGUUCGAUCUGUCUGGGUUGUUCGAGAGCAAGAGGAAGACUGGGUCGAUUUUCACGUCAAAGAGUUCCGCUCCGGCGAUCGUGUCGAAGAUUUUGACGGCGGCGAAGGGGUUGAGUUUCAGGGUGGCGGAGGUGAAGGACUUCAAGAUCAGGCUGCAAGGUCCGUCGGAGGGAAGGAAAGGGAGGCUGUCCGUCACGGCGGAGGUGUUCGAGGUGGCGCCGGAAGUCGCCGUCGUCGAGUUCUCAAAGUCCGCCGGCGACACCUUGGAGUAUGCUAAGUUUUUUGAGGAAGAUGUGAGGCCUGCGCUCAAAGACAUUGUUUGGACUUGGCAAGGGGAUAGUAUGUGUAAUGCUAACGUCGCCGUCUGUCACGGUGAAGGUGAAGAAUGUCAGCCACAAAUUAUUACUGUGUGAUAAUUAAUUAAUUAAUUAAUAUAAGACGCUGGGUGCUUAGAGGUUUUGUUCUAACAAUUUUCCUACUCCUUUCGUUUGUCACUUUCGUCUUUGUUCCCUGCCUAAUUUUGGAAAGAUAGGAAUCUUGCCUUUUUCGAUGAGGGCGAGGCUGUACAGAAAUUGUAAUUAAUCCUGCAGAUAAAUCUUGAAUAGAAGUUGAGCACAAACACAAGUAUCUGCAAAUGAGUUCUUGCACUGUCACUCUGC